CCCAGCCGUUUUAAGCAAUAUGAAAGUUUACCAUGUACACCUUCUAUUGCUUGUGAUCGCAGUAUCCUCGACGGUGGAAUGGAUUGAGGCACUUAUUACCGAGUGCUCGGAUCGAUUCAACGAUCUGGCAUUUGCGGAUCCCGCCAGCUGCUCCAGCUUCUAUGCGUGCCAGCGGGGUAAGGCCAUCCGGCGGGAGUGCUCCAAUGGCCUGUACUUUGAUCCCAAGAUCCAAACUUGCAAUCUUCCUGGUCUGAUUAAAUGCUUCAACGGCGAUCGCGGCGGGGCCAUACUCGAAGGAGAAAUUAAGGCGGCUGAUCCCACAACGACCCCAACACCAUACACAAUUAAGCCCAUAGCUGAUCCAGUCGUGAACACGACCACCUUUGCUCCAACCACAGCAGCACCAAAUCUAAGGGACGUUGUCCAAGCUCCAUCAGCUCCAUCAGCUCCAUCAGCUCCAUCAGCUCCAUCAGCUCCAUCAGCUCCACCAGCUCCAUCAAUUGUAAUCGAAUCCGCUGGAAGAAUCGCUGUACUGCGAUCUUCGCGGGACUGCCGUGGAAUUGAAGAUGGGGAAUUUUUGGCGGACCCGCGACAUUGCCGCCGCUUCUAUACGUGCCGGAGGAAUCGGGUCAGGCGCCACAAUUGUCCAGCGAACGAGUGGUUCGACCGGGAAAGCAAGACCUGCCAAAAUCGAGAUGAAGUGUUAAACUGCCCGUCUCAAAGGAAUUAGAUGAAAUUUUCCUGCCUUCCAUUGGUUUCCAAAACAAAAUCAGUGUGUUUAAAUAUAUUUAAUAUUUUAUUACCACAAUCUGAUAAACGUAUUGCAUUCAAGUAAAAAACAAA